AUGUUCCAUCGCGUUAACAUACGUAAAGCCGAUCAAAAUUCUCAGCGGUUCCUUUGGCGAGAAGGAGACACGACGAAGUUACCCGAUGUUUAUGUUAUGACUGCAAUGAUUUUCGGCUCUAUUUGUUCGCCAUGUUCGGCACAAUAUGUAAAAAAUUUUAACGCGAGUAAGUUUUUGCAUGAGUAUCCGCGAGCAAUAGAAGCUAUUAUCGAUCGCCACUACGUAGAUGACUACGUUGACAGUUUCUCUAGCGUACAUGAGGCUAUAAGCGUAACGAAGAAGGUAAUCGCGAUCCAUCAAGAAGCAGGUUUUGAACUUCGAGGAUUUAUUUCGAAUUCAAAUGCUCUAUUGCAAGCCAUUUACGACACGUCAAUGCCAGUUGAGAGUCCUACAAAAAAUAUGUGUAGUGGUGAAUCAGACUGCGAGAAAGUUCUGGGCAUGCACUGGGAUCCGAAUCGUGAUGCUUUUUCUUUUAAGUUAAUGUUUGCGAGAAUUCCAAAUCAAGUUUUGGAUGGCAGUAUACGUCCAACUAAAGCGGAGUUGUUAGGGAUUAUCAUGUCCAUUUUCGAUCCCUUCGGGUUUCUAUCCAACAUAACUUUGGCUCCGAAAAUACUUCUGCAAAAAUUAUGGCAGUUAAGCGUUGACUGGCAUGAAGCAAUUCCACGGGAGAUUCACGAAGUAUGGUUCCAGUGGUACAAGUCGCUAGAAUCGCUGUCUGAAUUUAGCGUACCGAGAUGCUAUCAUUUGAAUUUCACAGACCCUUCAACGCAGAUUCAGCUUCACAUAUUCGUCGAUGCAAGCGAACUUGCCUACGCAGCCGUGGCCUACUGGCGUAUAUGUCAUGCAAACGAGGUAGAAAUAGUUUUCAUUGUUGGAAAGUCCCGCUGCAGUCCAUUGAAGCCACUAUCUAUUCCACGUCUGGAGCUUCAGUCCGCGGUUCUAGGAACAAAAAUUAAGAGUGUGAUUUUAGGCAGCCACACUGUACAACCAGAUAAAAUUGUGUUCUGGUCAGAUUCGAAAACCGUUAUUCAAUGGAUUAGGUCCGAAGCGCGACGUUACAAGCAAUUUGUUUGUAAUAGAAUAUCUGAAAUCCUCCAAUCGUCUGAGGUCUCACAGUGGAGAUGGGUGCCAGGCUCGUUAAACCCUGCAGAUGACGCAACAAGACCACAAAAAGUUAGAGUUUCAUCGAACUCUAGGUGGAUUAGUGGCCCUUCAUAUCUUAAUCUAUCUGAGGAUCACUGGCCCGUCCUACCAAAUCCCGAAUCGGAAGUUGUAGGCGAAGAAGAAAAGCGACCAAAACAGCUAUUUACAGUUCAAAUGGAUAUUGAUGUCAUACCAUUUGCAAACUACUCUAACUAUUAUACAUUUUUGAAAGUUAUGACUUGGAAUGCAACUACGAAAGAUGUGUUUAAAAUCACAGCACAUGAGGUGAGGAAGACCGAACUCAUGCUUGUACGAUUGGUGCAAAUGACCGCUUUUGCCGAGGAUGUCUUAUUGGUACGCGAAGGCAAGGAGCUUUCUAAUCGCAGUUCACUUUUUGAUUUAACGCCUGUGAUCGAUGAUGAAGGAAUUCUGCGAGUGGGUGGCCGCAUAGACCAUGCUGAAUCCUUGCCAAUGUAUACUAGGAGACCAAUUAUCAUGCCACGGGAUCAUCCGAUGUCACGCCUCAUAACACGUCACUACCAUGAAAUGUACUAUCAUCAGAAUCAAGAAUCCAUCAUCUGCGCUAUCCGAA